AUGUCCGACGAUUUCGCCGCUCCUGUAAAGGGCAUCAUAAAGGCACUCGAUGCAGGGAUCAAGUUGACCAAGAGGAUUGCGAGAACGGCGAGUCAUGGUCCUGAGAAUUUAAAAUAUAUCGCGGAGCUGGCACAGAAUUUACAGAGGACUUUGGAAAAGAGUUGUCAAGGUAUUGCGGAUGCUUACAGAGAUGCUGCGGGAUCUUGUGGUGAAGCUUUUGCUAAGGCUUUACUGGAGGAUGCAUCUUCAGAAUUACCCCCUUAUUUCAACAGACAAAAUAUCGAUGAUAGAGUUCCUGUAUCAAGUCCUUCCAAAAGUUCUCAUAAAAAGGAAAAUCCAUGGAGUUUGAGUGGACCAUAUUUUGAUGUAGGGCCAAGAACUCCUCCUCGUGGCCAAUCCCCAGAACCAAGUUAUCAGGAAUCAAUACAAGCUACACCUCCUCCUAAAUAUGGAUUUGAUACAUCACCUCCCAAGCAAGUAUUCAUAGCCAAAGAGCUCGUGUAUCAAAGGCUUAGCGCAAAUGAGGAAUUUUUAGAGCGAAAGAAACAGUCUCGAGUCAAGGCCCAGACAUCUCAAGGGGGAAGUUCGCGGAAUGGUUCAUUGAGGGAUCGAGAUGCUACGCCCGCAUCUUCGAGUACAACGAAGCCGGAUAAUGAAUACUUUCCUACUGCAUCCUUGAAACCUCCAACGCCAAUUUCAGCAACCCCAUUAAGUCCAGGUAUUAGUGACUAUCAACCUUCGGAAUCUGGGACAUCAUUAUGGAUGAAAAGUCCAGUUAGUCCACCUAUGUCUGAUAUACAUGAUCCAGCUUCUUGGGGUAGAUUGGCACCUGCAACCACUUCUCCAACUUCUACUGCAUCACUAGCUUCUACACUACAGCUGCCUGGUUUUGGAAACGGAGUGGAAGAUGGAUUAGAAGUCGUUCCCAUUUUUGAUAGUGGUUUAGAAGUUGUACCAACUCAGGAUCCUGAACCAGUGCCAAUACAGCCUUUAAGUCGCAUUCCAGAAUAUCGGAGUCAAAGUCAAUUAGCAAUGCAUAGAGCUAUGACCCCUUCAUUGAAAAGCUUAGAUUGUCCUAUGAGACAUGAUAGUUCGUUUUAUAAAUUUGAGGGGUUUUGUCCAGGGGCUAAAGCGAUGAUUAGAGGGGAAACAGGAUUUAAAGUUGUUAAGAGACCUUCGAAGGAUCAGGGCCAUUAUAGUGCUACUUUGAGUGCGAGAUGUAUUAAAUGUGCUUAUGAAGUGGGUUGGAAUGAUGUGGAAAAGGAUAGAUUACUUGAUCGUUCUGGUAUAUAUUCUAAUACUGGUAUUCGAUGGCGUCAAAGAUUUAUCUCGAAAUGUCACCUUAAAACAACUUCAGUGGAUGAUCCUAUCUAUGGUUGUAUAUUCUGCAUUGAAGAUCACCGCACAGUGGAAGACCAUGAUGCAACUAUCUUCUUUAGCGUAACAUCCCUCUUCCGUCACCUAGCCCGUCACCCUCGUCCCCUUCCACAAGUAACGGGUAUAACAACUGUCUAUGGCAUUCAACCACCUUCAGUCCUCGAUUUCGAUAUUCAAUUCACUAUUCACGAACCCAAACUUUCUACUUACUGCAUGUUCGAAAUAGCAUCUAAAGUAGCUUCUCGUCCUUCGGCUCAUGCAACGAUAACCCAUCAUCCAAAACCUACUGCUAAAACAUUUCGUGAUCCUGAUGGUCAACCAACUAUGCAUUUUGCAGAUGGUGCAAAGAUUGUGGGAAUAACGUUCCCGGAACGUUUUGGCGGUAAUUGGUGUAUAGGUUAUCAUGAUGGUGAACGUGGAUCAUUCCCCGCAACGGCUAUUUCUCUCCUCUCACCCCCACGAGAUGAGGUAAAAAUGAAUCCUCAAAGUUCUCUUCAAGCAGUCGCAAAAUGGGAUUGGAAACCCAAAGAUAAAGAAGAAGGAUGGUUAAAAUUUUCAAAAGGAGAGAGAAUUUAUAAUGUAGGAUAUGCAUGGCAAGAUCAAUGGUGCUGGAGCGGUUGUACCUCGAAAGGAAAAUGGGGUCUCUUUCCCAGCAGUUUCGUAGAAGAUCUAAUGAGUACCGAUUCAUCCUCUGGUAACGCAAAAGCAUCUAAAAUCCUAGGUACAGAUAUAGAGAAAAAGGAACGUGGGGGAUUAGGAGCAGCAUUUGGGUUUUCGGGAAGUAAAUCUAGAAUGGUUAGUUUUCCACUGAGUAGAAAUAGAAGCGCGAGGAGUGGGCAAAGUCCAGUUCAGAGGGAUGAUAGGGAAAGAAGUGGUAGUUCGCUAAGUGGCUUUAUGGGUUAUGGACAUCAUAGGGCUGCUAGCGUGAGGAGUAAUGGGAGUUCGGCGAGUACGCCGAGUAGUCCGUUGGUGUCGGUGCAGGCGGGUUUGGAGGUUGAUAAGAGGCCGGGGACUGCUGGGGGUGGAGAGGGUUUAGUUGGGGGUGGAGGUGGAGGGGGAGGGGGGAAUAGAGUUAGUAGUGGGAGUGGGAGUGUGAGUGGAGGGGUGGUAGGGAGUAGUUGGUUGAGGAGUUAG